AUGGAUUUCCUCCGCGCUUGUGUUCUUUGCACCGCUCUCUUCGGGCUCUCCCAGGCUUUUACGCACCAGGAUAUGAAGGACGCGCUGCUGCAGAAACUUGGCUUGGAUGAAGUUCCUAAAAUCCAUAAAAGGGAUUUGGAGAAUCUGGUUAUUCCGGCGCAUAUCAGAAAUAAGUACACGACUAUGCUGAAGAUGCACCACAGCAGGAGACGCAGAUCUCUGCCCAGCCUAGCUGGCAUCCUGAGGGGAAUCCCUGGCAAUGCUGAUAUUUCUGGGGAGUAUGUGUAUUCUGACACCACUCGGCAAAGCAUUAUGUUCGACAUGGAGUCGAGGAUUCCGGAUAACAGCGAGGUGACCAUGGCUGAGCUGAAGCUCUACCAGCGGGCCUCUUACCAUAAACGCUUCGCGGUGGAGAGGAAGAACCACCGGCCCGUCAACAACGCCCGGGUCAGCAUCUACUGGGUGGAGGUGCUGCCCAACGGAUCCAACCGGACGUCGCUGGUAGACUCACGGUUGAUCCCCAUUCACGAGACAGGCUGGAAGAGCUUUGAUGUGACGCAGGCGGUGCACUAUUGGUCCAAGAUUCAACAGAAAACACCUAUGUACCUGGAGGUGUGGAUCGAGGGCGAGAGACCUGGCAGCUACGCGGCAGAGAUGGCCAAGAGUGUUCGCUUUACCACCCAGGAGCAGACGGACAACACCUUGGGGAAGCCCGAGCUCAUCCUCUACACACUGAACCUCGAAGAAUACGGUUCUCGCGGUGACUGCGACAUGAACCAAAACAAAGACUCCUGCUGCAGGGAUAAGUACUUCAUCAACUUCCGCGCCCUCACCUGGACGCAGUAUUGGAUCAUCGAGCCGGCGGGUUACCAAGCCUUCAGGUGCACCGGGGGCUGCAAACAACCCAAACGCAACUACGGCUACGGGGAGAGGCGGUGCACAGCGUCAGAUAGCGCCCCGUUACCCAUCAUGUACCUGGUGAAGAAGGGCGACUACACUGAGAUAGAAGUGGCCGAGUUCCCCAACAUGAUCGUGGAGAAGUGUGCCUGCGCCAUGGACAAUGUCUCCGUAGUAUGAUGUCACGGAAAACAGUUGUAGUACUCCUAUAAACACAGACUGCUGGGAAUAGGAUUAUUAUAGUGUUUUUCUUCAUCAGGGUGUUGAUGUAUUUAAUGGUUUCUAACAACACGUCUAGUACUUUCUAUUUAAAUGGACAUUAAAUGGGAGUUUCACACACAACAGGCAGUCCCGCUGCCAUUUAAACCCUCCCAUUCCACAAGCACUUUUAUAUAUUUUGUACAUUUUUAUAUCUUUUUUAUUCAAAUUUGUAUGAGAAUUUGUGUGGAAUCUGCCAGCAAUCCAUCCAAUUCUGUCUGAUGCGUUAUAUUUUCAAGCUGUACAUAAUAUGGAUGAGUUUAUGUUUGGAAAAAUAAAAUAUUUUCUUUCACA